AUCUUAGUUAAGGCAGCCUCCACAGCACAGCAGCUGGACAAUGACAUCCCCAUAGCAGAGCAGCACAACAGCCCCAGUCAGUGCAGCAGUUCCAUUUUGAAGCCGGAGAGCCUUACCGUGGAGCAGCUGGAGGGCGAAACCACAGAGCAGCAGGAGAGUAUCACCAUGGAGCUGUCGGAGAGCCUCACUGUGGACCAGCCGGAGAGCCUCACCAUGGAGCAGCAGGAGAGUGGCACCAUGGACCAGCCAGAGAGCCUCACCGUGGACCAGCCGGAGAGUGUCACUGUGAAACAGUCGGAGAGCCUCACCGUGGAGCAGCAGGACAGUGUCACCAUGGAGCUGUCGGAGAGCCUCACCGUGGACCAGCCAGAGAGUCUCACAAAGGAGUCCGAGACUGUAUUUGUACUCAACCUUGUUCCUCUGUCUUCCCCACACUCUCCAACCUCUCUCUCCCCUUCCUCCUCUACUGCUGUUCUUCCUCCUCACUCUUCUCCUCCUCCACCUCCACUGCCAUGCUCUAAGUCUUUGCGACAGAGGAAGAAAAAGACAAAGACAAAAUCCUCAAUCUGUUCACCAGCCCAUUCUGCCACCUCUGUCUCUCCUCCAUGUCUUAUCACCACAGAUCUCUCCCUUCCACAGUCUUGUCCUCCACCUGCUGCCUCUUCCGUCUCACAGUCCUUGAGUCAGGAGGGGCCAUAUGUGAAGAAGAGAAGAAAGGGUAAGUUUUGCUUUGCCCACUAUUAA